AAGAACCGGUCUGACCGAGUGAAGGAAUUGAGAGUGAGUGUUUUCACACACACUCCCAGAGGCAACAACACACCCCAGCUCCGGGUACUAAGUCCAGGCGGACUGUGUCAACUUCUGUUUUUUUUUUGUUUUGUUUUGUUGUUUUUUUUGUUGUUGUUUUUUUAACUCUGCCGAUAAAAAAAAUGUCAGAGUGAAAAGGAUCUGCCCUGGAGUUCGAUCACUGUCCCGGGACUGACGCUGACAUCUGUGAAAACAGACCGAGUGUCGGUGCGACACUGACGCUGAAAGGCUCCCGGAGGAGGACGACUGUGUGUGUGACACCAUGCCUGUGCGACAGAAAGACGCCCAGAGAGCCCUGGAACUUCUUCAGCAGUACCGCACCAGAUUAGAACAGAGGCGUCACGGCCAGCACCAGACCAAACAGGGUGAGGUGGAGGAAGACCACCAGCUCCAGCAGUCUCUGGACAGAGUCAUCGACGUCUUCCAGAGUCAGCUCUUUAAUGCCCUGCUCGAUAUCCAGGAAUAUUAUGAGUUGACCAUCCAUGCAGACAGCAAACUCUCCUCAGAUCAGGUUGAUGGUUCAGGGGCUCUGUCAGAGUCCUGUUACCUUCCUGCACAACAAGAAGAUGCUCCUCCCAGUCCUCCAAGUGCUUCAUCGUCCAGUGGGACAUCUUUAGUUUCCAAACCCAGGUCCAUCAAGUCCCCUGCCCCUCCAAUCCCAUCUGAAAUACCCCCACAUUCAUCAAAAACCCAGUCUAGUCCGGACCAGUCCCAAGCGGCCAAAGUCAAGUACUGUGCUCCUCCUCCUCCUGCCCAAUGUGGAGACUUUAAACCAGGAGCAGCUGAGUCUGUGGCAAAAGGUGAAGGAAGUCCAGCUGGUUCCAGUAAAUCACCACCUGUGGUUUCAGUGAAUGGAACAAGGAAACAUCUAUCUCCGGCUGAAGGUUCAGCUGGUCCACAGAACCUUCCUGCAUCUCCAGACCCCAAGCAGAUGACUGUCUCAGCGCUGGUCUCCAGUACCAUCGAGAGCUUCUUGUCUCCAUCUAAUCUUGGCAAACUCAGCCCCACAUGUUCACCACCGAGCACCAGCCCAGGUCCUCACAGAGGCACAGAUACUGCCCCCAUCUCUAAGUCCUUGGUCACCAGCAAAGACUCGGGGUCAGGGAAGGUCACUCCCAGCACCAGUCCCACCAGCCUGAACCAGGGGAAAUUUACCUUCAGCAACCUCAGCCCCACAAGUCCUCCAGGGUCUACGACUAGAGGGUCUCGGUUAAGCCCCACCAGCCCUGGACCAAUCAAACCUCCCUCCCUGAGCCCCAGUCAUGGUCCAGCCAGUCCCUGCUCAGCCUCAAGUCUGAGGACCCCCACCAAGAAGUAUCGGUAUACAGAGGAAGAAGGGGUCUCACCAGGUACCCCAAAACUCCACCACCACCGUGCCUGCCUCCAGCACCCUACGGGAGUGACCAAGGAGCUGAGAGACGGAGGGACUCUGGGGAGGGAGGAUGGCACCUGGAGGAGAGAGGGUGGGGAGAGGACCGGUACCAUGGAGAGAGAGCGGGAUCGCUCACUGGGGAGGGACGGAUCUCUGGGUCGCUAUGGUGACCUGCGAGGGCCGGAGCUGGUCCAGGUGGCAGAGCGGCAGCUGUCACAGAUACAACACGUCCACGGAUACGUCUCUCACACACACAUCACACCUGCACAGGUAGAAUCUCCCGAGAUUCCCUUUGAUGACGAGGCUUGGCCUCACGCAGAGAGAGAGAGGCAGCAGGAGGUUCCCGCUCCACCAUUUUCAACCCUCUACCCAGAAAGCCAUGCCUACUAUCAGGCCAACCCUCCGCCGGUGGUGGUCAACGCAGACAGCAUCGAUACUCCUCCCUAUGCCAAUGGAACAGAAGCAGACUAUGAAUAUGAGGAAAUCACACUGGAACGGGGCAAUUCUGGCCUGGGCUUCAGCAUCGCAGGAGGGAUUGAUAACCCACACAUCGGAGAAGACCCCUCCAUCUUCAUCACCAAAAUUAUACCUGGGGGAGCUGCAGCUCAGAACGGACGACUCAGGGUGAAUGACUGCAUAGUCCGUGUCAAUGAGACGGACGUCAGGGAGGUGACCCACAGCGCGGCAGUGGAGGCACUGAAAGAUGCAGGAGGUCUGGUCCGACUGUGCAUACGACGCAGGAGGAGCCUCAGUGAGAGGAUCGUGGAUAUCAAGCUGGUCAAAGGGCCAAAAGGUCUGGGUUUCAGCAUAGCAGGCGGAGUCGGGAACCAGCACGUCCCGGGCGACAACAGCAUCUACGUGACCAAACUCAUCGAAGGAGGGGCAGCGCACAAAGACGGACGGCUGCAGAUAGGAGACAAACUCGUAGCGGUCAACGCCUCCUGUUUGGAGGAGGUAACACAUGAGGAGGCCGUGGCCGUGCUGAAGUCGACCACCGACGUUGUUUACCUGCAUGUGGCCAAACACACCUCGCUUUUCAUCAAUGACAGCUUCCCUCCACCGGAUGUCACUAACUCGUGCUCCCCUCAUCAAGACAACCACGUGAGCCCAUACAGUGGCAGUCAGUCUGUAAGCCCCGCCCCUCUGACCACGCCCAGAUACUCACCUCUGCCCAGGACGAUGACUGCGGAUGACGACUUCACCAGAGAACCAAGGCGGAUCGUGCUGCAGCGAGGGUCAACGGGCCUCGGCUUCAACAUUGUUGGGGGAGAAGAUGGAGAAGGAAUCUUCAUCUCUUUCAUUCUAGCCGGCGGCCCGGCCGACCUCUGUGGGGAGCUCCGGAAAGGAGAUCGCCUCCUGUCGGUGAACGGUGUGGAUCUGUCCAGUGCCACUCAUGAGCAGGCGGCUGCAGCUCUGAAGAACGCAGGGCAGAACGUUACCAUUGUUGCCCAGUACAGACCUGAGGAGUACAGCCGUUUUGAGGCGAAGAUCCAUGACCUGAGGGAACAGAUGAUGACCAGCAGCAUCAGCUCCAGCUCGACGUCGCUCCGCUCCACACAGAAACGCACACUCUACGUCAGAGCGUUGUUCGACUAUGAUGGAAGUGGUUCCGAUCAGACAAACCAGGUUCUGCCUUUUCGUUUCGGGGACAUCCUUCAUUUGAGCAGCGCUAUUGAAGAAGAAUGGUGGCCCGCCCGGCACCUCAGCCCCCCGCCUCCAAACUGCCCCGAAGUUGGGGUCAUCCCCAGCCGCAAAAGGGCAGAGAAAAAGGAGAGGUCGAGAUUAAAGACGGCCAGAGUGACCAGGUCUCAGGACCGAAUGGAACAGGAUGAUAAAGCUGGUCUAGAAGAGGCCUUCCUGACCUACCAGCCUGUCAUUCAGCAAGAAGUGAAUUACACACGACCGGUCAUUGUGCUAGGACCAAUGAAAGAUCGGGUAAACGAUGACCUCAUCUCUGAGUUCCCGGAUAAGUUUGGCUCCUGCGUCCCACACACAACGCGGCCACGGCGAGACUACGAGGUGGACGGCAGGGAUUACCACUUCAUGUCCUCCAGGGAGCUCAUGGAGCGAGAGAUUCAGGAACACAAGUUCAUCGAGGCCGGCCAGUACAACAACCAUCUGUACGGAACCAGCAUACAGUCUGUGAGAGAGGUCGCCGACAAGGGUAAACACUGUAUUCUGGAUGUAUCAGGGAAUGCCAUAAAGCGUCUCCAGUUAGCUGGACUCCAUCCCAUCGCCAUCCUUAUUUGCCCGCAGAGCGUCGACAACAUCAUGGAGAUGAACAAGCGUUUGACUGAGGAGCAGGCGAGGAAAACGUUCGACAGGGCAGUCAAACUGGAGCAAGACUUUACUGAGUACUUCACUGCUAAAGUCCAGGGCUCGUCUCUAGAGGAAGUCUACUCGCAGGUGAAGCAGAUCAUUGAGGAACAGUCCGGUCCGUACAUCUGGGUUCCAACCAAGGAGCGAAUAUGAAUAAACACACGUGACACACGACAUGAUCAGACAAAAAAACUCUUCAGUACUUCAGUACUUCCUAUUUGGUGGUUUUCUAUUAUCAGCCUGCUUCCUCUCCCUCUCUCUCUCUCUCUCUUAUUCUCUCUUGCUCUCUCCCCUCCCGGUACACACACACACACACACAUUGCUCUGAACAUACAUACACUUGCACAAGCACAUGAAGUUGGACGAGGCUGGGACAAUCUGGGACGGCUGCUCCCUGCAGGGGGAGGAGCUCUCGUCGGUCCAGCAGCCCAUUGGUCGAUUCCUACGGCUCAGUUCCUUAAUGUUUAAGGAGGCGGUUCAGUUUUUGAGGGCGUGUACCAUGAUCUGAUUUGUUUUCAAAGAUUAUUGUCGUUCUUAUCGUUGUUGUCGUCGUUUUCAUAUUAACGAAGGCUAAUGCAUCGAGCUGUGGGUUCGUAAUGGUUCUACUGUCACCGGGAGGCAGACUGUUGCACGCUGUAGCUUUAAAAGCAUGGUUAUUUUGGGGAGAAAAAUCUCGAUUUCUUCGUCUGUUUGUCCGUCCGUCUGUCUUCCCUCAUGACAUCACUCACACUUCAAGGUUACUCUGUUUCUUUUCUCACACUACCGUCACCGCCGUCCUCUUCCUUAGGAUUAUUUCCUGAAAUUUGAGUUGGAAAUUUUACUGUUUACUUUACUGUUAAAAGGGAAACAGUUUCUCAACUGCUUGGAAUUGGAUUUGGAUUGUCUUGGAAUUGGAUUGUCUGCACUAAAGUGUAAAUGAAUCAUGUUUUUCAUUUCAAUGCUGGAGAAUAGCAUUGAAAUCCCUGCGGAAAAGAAAAUUAUCAGUUCCAUAUUCACGUGGUGCAAAUGUUUCCAGGCCAGUGAGUCCAUUUACUGCUGUAUUUGCAGCCUGUAUUUCAAGUAUUUAUAUCAGAUGUAGAGAACCACACUGUGAAGUUCUCCGCAUCACUAAUGUUUUCCUUUUAUCCUGGAUCAUUUUUUAUUCAUU